UCAUGUAGACGCACUCAUCGUGCAAAUAGCGAAUCGCAAUAAAACCCUUCCACAAAAAGAAAAAGAGAAGGAAAAAAAAAAAAAAAAGAAUUGCACAAACUCUAGUAGGAUUCUGCUGCUACGUGCCAAUUGCUCUAUGGAGAUUCCCCUCCCUGACAAACGAGUGCAAAUUACAAAAGAUGCAAGGGCUUCUACCAAGCGUCAGCUUCUGCUAAGUUAUCAGGACUAGUUCUUUCUUAUAGAAAUCACAGCGCGCUACCGAGAACCCAAAUCACUCUCAGUUUCUGAGGGUUUCUGCUUUGGAUCGCAACAAAACUGAAUUGUGUAUGAUUGCUGAAGUUGUGUGUGUUACUUAAUCCCUUACCGAGUCAUCUGCCCAAAAUGGAUAAAAUGAAAUUAGCAGCACUGGGAGAGCGACUGAAGAUCGGAGGCGAGCGAUUGAAAACCGGAGGAGCUGAAAUUGGGAAAAAAGUUAGUGGGAAAAUGAAGGAAAUUCUUCAAGGGCCAUCACAGGAGGCAAAAAUGGUGGAUGAAGCUACGGCAGAUAGCUUGGAAGAGCCAAACUGGGGUUUGAACCUGAGGAUCUGUAACUUGCUUAACAGUGAAGAGUUUGAUGGGAUGGAAGUUGUUAGGGCAAUCAAGAAGAAGAUCUCUAGCAGUAAUGAUGUGAGUCAGCGGCUGAGCCUCGAUCUCUUGGAGACUUGUGCGAUGAACUGUGAUAAGGUGUUUUCUGAGGUGGCAUCUGAGAAGGUUUUAGAUGAGAUGGUGAAGAUGAUAGAGAAUCCACAGAUGUUAUAUGCUAACAGACGUAGAGCGAUGCAACUCAUUGAGGCAUGGGGCAAGUCCGAGGAUCUCGCAUACCUACCUGUAUUCAGACAGACAUAUAUGAGCAUUAAGGAUAGGAAAUUACCUUCAAGGGUUCCAGGAAAUGGGAAUUCUACUUCAGCAUUUUCUUCAGUUGAACCCGGCAUGGAUGAACAUGAAGCCGGUUUUCCUGAUGGCUAUCCUUUUCCUACUAGUGAUAACCAGGAUACAGAUUUUGCUUAUCAUGGUACAGCUUUGUCAGUGGAAGAAAAGAAGGAAUUUCUUGUCAUAACUCGGAACAGCGUAGAUAUUUUAUCAUCCAUGCUGAAUGCUGAAACAGACAAGAAGCCUGUUAAGGAUGAUCUGAUGUUGAGCAUGGUUGAAAAAUGCAAAGAAUCUGAACCGAUAAUACAGAGGGUAAUUGAGAGCAUAGAUGGCGACGAAUCAUUGCUCUUCGAAGCUCUAAGUCUCCAUGACGAACUCCAGCAGGUUCUCUCCAAGUAUCAGGAGCUCGAUCUCAGUGAUCAAACUGUAGAUGAUUCCUGCAUUGCUCCAGAUGCUAGCACUUCCGAUGAGAAGAAGAGCUGAAGACUCUUGGUGGUGGAAAAAGUGAAGUUGCUAAUGAUGGCAGGAACAUUAAGAAGGAAUAGUAUGAGCUAGGUGGGAUAUAUCAUCAGUUUGUUUUGUGUAAAUACUACAGUUUGGUUUCAAGCUUUUUGCUGUUUGUAAUCUAUCUUUUAGGUGAAUGUGGUAUGAACAGUGAGGUUCACUUCUAUAUUUAUACUCAUAAACAGGUUUUAUUCUUUUAAAUGUUGUGCACUAAUGUUUAUUUA